GAAUGGAGUGCCAUGGCUCAGGGAGGUUUUGUGUCUGACACCCCUGAGACAGCAUAAGACAAGCACACAUGGAUAAGUCUGUAUUUUUGAAUGUUUUGGACAGGGGAAGAUGAGUUCCUACACCAAAACCAUCUGAAGAAGAUCAACCAUCAGCUCUUGUCCAGGAGCUGCACCCCAGUGCUGGCAGAAGCAAAAGAGAUCUGGCAGCCAAGGAAGCACUGGGAGGAAUCAUCAUAGCACUUGCAGAGAUCUAGAGGAGACUCAAAACAUUUGAUCUGAUACCAAGGACUAUUCGAGUAACCAGGUACGACAGAGGGAUCUGAGAGAGGUGCGUGCCUGCUGCACACAGCCCAGCGAUGAGUGAGACCCCAGCUGCCACCCUCAACACUGGAGAUGCUCCAGCUGGUUCCACCACACCACGCAAGGGGCCUCCCAAGUUCAAGCAGAGACAGACAAGGCAGUUCAAGAGCAAGCCUCCCAAAAAAGGAGUAAGAGGGUUUGGAGAUGACAUCCCAGGCAUGGAGGGACUGGGCACAGAUAUCACAGUGAUUUGCCCAUGGGAAGCUUUCAGCCAUCUGGAACUGCACGAGCUGGCCCAGUUUGGGAUCAUCUAAUGUGUCAGCAUCUCUACUGGUGUCACCUGGUGACUCCACAGAUUUCAGCAUGGUCUUCACCACCUUUGACACUUAUUUUUGGCCCUUGCAUCCACUCACUUAUGGGCAGGGUGGUUUUGUAAGAGCUAGUUAUAAGAACGUCCUUUGCAGAUUAAUUUGGCAAAGUUAUUUGGGACCCUAAGCAGACCUCAUGUUCCAUGUGAUGAAACUAUGAAAAAUGUCUUAAUGUCUCCCUGCACUAUAUUAUUUCCUCUCUCACUGUCAUAGAUAUUCAAUAUUUAUGGAGAUACAGGGAGGCUGUAUUUGAACUUUGUCCCUGAUUAGCUGAGACAUUGUGUGCAGAUCUAAUUAUAUCAAGCCUAUUCUGUUUUCUUCCUUCCUUCCCUGACAGCUUUCUAUAUAGAAUUUCCAUGGGUAGGUCUCCAUGUUAUUUGGGCCACCAAUCAUUUGCUGAGAGUACAUCUGUAGAGAACAGCUUUAGAGUCACCAGUCCAGAUAUUAGUCAAUCUUUCCAUAGGAGAAUCUUCCCCAGGGGUUCACCAUAAGGAAUGUGCUGCUAAGAUUUACCUCAUCAGCACAUGGGGAUAAGGGCUUGCAAAUGCUGUAUCUGCUGUACUGCCCACAAGCCAUGAAAGUCUGGCCGUUAUAAUAAUGUUAAGUGAAAAUGUGUGUGUCUGAGAUCAAUAGCUAAGUGAAUUAAUCGUAUUAUUCAUUCCUUUGUGGUUGCAAUUCCAAAGAAGCAGCACUCCAAAUGAUGCUGUGUUUUCUCUCCUUUCAUGGGAUGCCCUGUAGGACACUUGCACUGUCCCCAUGCCCACACAUACUUACAUGAGACAUUUGCUCCCCAGGACAUGCUUGCUGCUGGUUAGGAAGAGAGAGAAUCAUUAUGACCUGUCACCAGACUGUGCCAGCAGAAGAUGGUAUUGCAUUAACUGCUCCCUCUUCCCUGUAUUUAGCAUGGUACAAGUCUCCCUUCACACUGCCCCCCAUAAGCAGGAAGGCUUUUCUCUCUUCCUCUGGCAACUUCAAGCUCUGGAGCUUGUCUGGACAAGCAGGCAAAUGGUGCCCCCAGAGAGAGGUAACAGCAGAGCAAGUGAGGAGGCAAAAGAAGGGUAGGAUGAGUACAUGCAGGCAAGCACAGAGUGAAUCCACUUACUUAACGCUAUUGAUCUGUGUCUCCUGUUCUCUGGUAGCCUGAAUGCUGAGGAGUGGUGAGGCACCCAUAACCACUUAAAUGUUUGGGGAAGGCACCAAGAUUCCCUACUGCCCUGCCAUUCAGGAAAGGCUUUUGUUUUGUUAGUAGGCAAGGAGCAGGUUUGUUGUAGCUACAUAAUAUGCAUAAGAGGAGAUAAAAUUUUUAAUCAUUGCCUUUAGCUUGACGAGCCUCAUUGCAUAAGAACUGCCUCCCCCCAUCUUAUCUUUCCUAUGCUGAACAUGUUCAUGGGAGCAAGCAGUGAUUGUGAAGAGGAGAGCAAAUCCUGUCUAAAGGAUUGAUCCCCACACGUGAAGCAUCACUACAAAUCCAUGGCAGUGCUAUAGUUAUCUGCUACUGUUAUUCCAGAAACAAAAGCUAGCCACUUUUGGUUAAAAUAUAGCUUCAUCACCAAAAACUAAAGGAAAUUAAUUCCUGUUGGCAGUCAAGAGUACAGCUUUCAUUAUUCAGCACUCCUGCCAUUAGAAACACUAGUAAACCACAGAGUGGUUCAGAACUGCAACACACUCACAGCACAGAAGUCAUGUACCAUUUAGCUAAUUGCAGCCCACAGCUAUUUUCCUGAAGCAGUCUGUCCUUUCCACUUACUUCCAAUCUCUCCUGCCUUUCUCACCUUUUAAUGCUUUUCUUCUUUCCCUAAGUGUUCUUUAUGUAGAUUAUGUUUUAUUUAGCUUUUACUGUAGGGGACUGAUUUCAUUUUUUCCAAGCUCAUGUGCUAGCCCUCUCUUUCUGUAGUUAGAUGUAGUUCCUAUGGCAAUGCUCUCAUACUUUCCCUCACAUUAUGCCAUCCUGUAUCAUAUGAUCCUUACUGCACCUUCUCAGUCUGUCCUCUUCUCUCUGGGAAAAGACCCACUGGAUCCAGUUUUGGAUUCUGCAAGCUGAUUGCCUCUAUUAUCAUUGAGUUUUCCCUUUUUUUAAGGUUUUUUAAGCAGGAGAACAAUGAGAGGAGAUAAUUUUCCUCCGUUUUCAUCUCAGGCCUUGGGAAAACGGUCCAAAGAUAGUGAGAUACUCUGUCAGAAAAUACUGGAGUAAAAGCAAAAUUCUCCUUAAUCCGGGAACUGACGCUUUCGAGCCAAUGGGAGGGUCCUGGUGUAGUUCCACAUCUAAUUGCCAUAUCCCUAGUUCCCAUCAGAGAACUACUCCAUUCUCCUUCCUAGAGGAGUCCAACAAGAAUGCACACACACCCCAGCUCUCAUGCCUGGCUGUUGAGCUGUAUCAGAAGAUGGAUGCUUUGAGUCAACACAG